AUGCAGUGCCGCCUCGACGCGCGCGCGGUCCAAUCGGAGCCGUCUUUGGGCUCUUCCCCGUUGGUGCCCCCUUUCACGCGCAUCAUUCCGGGGACCCUCGUCAUGAUCGGGUCGGCUGUCGGCCUGGAGUAUAUGACCGACGGGCCUGUUCUGGACAUUAAGGUGGAGAUGAUGUCUGUCGAUGAGACACAGAUGGACGUGUCGGUGGCCCAGGACAAUUAUAUGGAAGUCGACGGCGUCGACAACGUCACCGUGCAGUUCGGGCAAGUUGUCCUCGACCACCGCAACUACGACGUCUACCACCACGACUACAACAACAACAACCACUACCGCCACGACGACCAC